UUGCUGAAUCGAUGCCUUUUGUGCGAAAUUGGUUUUAAUUAAAUUUUUAAAGCUCUGGAAAAUAUGUAUUUGCUUCUCUAUGUAUUACUUUCACGGUAGUUUCGUUGAAACGCUGUGCUGUGAAAAUGCGCCGAGAGAGUUACGGGAAAUAUCGGAAAGCGCGCAAUGUUGCUCAGCCACAUGGCCAGCAAAAUUUGUUUUUGUUUGAAAAUCAACAGGUUUUUUUACUAAAAAUAAGCCAACGACAAAAGUACACUUAAUGAGUUUCUUAUGCCUACCUACUAAAUUUUUUAUAAAUAAUUAAAAUUGCCAUCUUGAUCAGGAAUAAAACCGAUUACCAGUUAUUUGUCUUUAUCUAUGGUUAUCAGUUGACCAUCAUUAUCAGAGAGUUAAGUAUCUAUAAUGAGUCUACAUUAUUAUGAGUUCGGAUUAGUUUUAUUAAGUUUACUCCGCGUCCAAAAAUGGAAAAUAUAGUGCAAGUGCAUCCUCUAACCAAUAAUCCAACGCUUUUGUGGAAUCACAUCAGGCGGUUGCAAUUCUUUACUGAUAUUUACGUGCCCCAACACCUGUGGCAUGUUCUGCAGGCUCCCCCUAGCAAAAAUGUGCUGCGCUUUGUGUGCAUGAGCGACACGCAUUCCAAACAUUUACAGUGUAAUGUACCAGAAGGGGAUGUUUUCAUUCAUGCCGGCGAUUUUACCAUGGAAGGAGAACGACACGAGGUUAUUGCGUUCAAUGACUGGCUAGGAACGUUGAAGCACAAGUACAAAAUAGUGAUAGCAGGAAACCACGAACAGUCGUUUGAUCGCCGGUUUUCCACGGGAGAAGUAAACAAUGCGCGGCAGGAUUUAACAAAUUGUAGUUACCUAGAGGACUCCGGUGUGACCAUUUGCGGAGUUAAAAUCUUCGGGAGCCCCUGGCAGCCAAACCAUAUAGGGCGCCGUGGCUUUAAGUUAAUGCGGGGCAAACAGUGCCUGGAUAAGUGGAACCUGAUUCCGGCGGACACCGAUGUGCUGAUCACCCACGGGCCCCCUCUUGGACACGGCGACCUUACCAACUUCGGCCAACGAGCCGGAUGUGUGGAGCUGCUGAGGACAGUCCAGGUCAGAGUACGACCCAAGUCCCACAUUUUUGGACAUAUUCAUGAAGGUUAUGGCGCCAGCUUCGACGGGCAAACGCUGUUUGUUAACGCAUCCAUAUGUGACGGUAGCUAUAGGCCUUCGAAUCCGGCGUUUGUUUUUGAUGCCCCCAUUUCCCCAGGUUUUAAAAAAUGAAUAUGAGUAA